AACAUCAGCUACUUCUUUGUGACUGGGUCCAGAUUCAGGUCCUCCCACGACAGACUUCAUUGGAUCCACCCUCAAAAGGACUCUACCAGGUUGUCCCCACUACAUCACUGUAAAGAGCCAAGGCCUUAAGACUUGGGUAUUAAAAACUUUGCCAGGUUGGAAGGUUGACAAGAGGGUUGUUCCAAGUUUGAGGCCAAGCUAGGCUACAAAGUCCAAUACAAAGAAACCCCCUCAAAAAAAGUCACUGUAUGUACUCCUUGCUUCCUGGCUCCAUAGGAAGCAUGAGUUUGUUGGGACUUGGGACAAGAAGAAAACAAGAUACCUUCCCAAGGACAACCAGACACUAAAAAAUUGUCCCACACUGUGACGAGCUAACGCAACCAUGUCGGACAGUGGACUUGGGGAUCCUCCAGAGGCCUCUCAAAAGGAUUUGGAAAAUGAUUCAUCAAUAAAUUCUCAGGCACAGGAUACCACAGUCACCCCGAGUAAUGCUGCAAAGACUGAAGAAGCUCAGACCCCACAUCCUGCCUCUGGCCUUAACGAGGACCACCAUGAGGUAGGGGCACACAAUCCAGAAAGCGCAGACACACGUGGUAAGUCAGAAAGUCCAGAUGAAGGACAACUUGAAAAAUACCCAAAGGCUAAAACAGAGCGUGAAGACAACUUGAAUUCUCAGGAUGGAGAACAAGGGAGUCACCUCUCUUCAGAACAUCCGAGUGAGGAGCUCUUGGAUCCUGACACUAACUGCUCUCCAAGCAAUGGUGACGCAGGAAGAGAAGCUGCAUGCUCAGAGAGCAGCAUGGCAACCCUCCCCGAGGGAGCAGAUGUCAGCUCUGGAGCAUCUCAGGAGCUACCUACUAGCGACUCCCCGGACACUCAGAGUCCUGGUCAUUGCAGUGAGGGUCCAGAGAACCAGGCUUCCGUGAGGAGGCGACUGCCUGCACCAGAGGCUGGAAGUCAUGAAGAGGAAACACAAAUAGUGAGUGAAAAUGAAGAGGUUCCACGGGAUCCAAUAGAAAAGAUUAAUAAAAAAAAGUAUCUCUGGAACUAUGCUCCCAUGUUUUUCGGUGGUCUGGUCGUGGCAUUUGUGCUCAGCUUUGUGCUCAGCUCUGUUAAUAGCUACUAUUCCUCUCCAGCUCAGCAAGUGCCCCCAAACCCAGCUUUGGAGUCCUUCCUGGCUCAGUUUAGCCAAUUGAAAGAUAAGUUUCCAGGCCAGAGUUCCUUUCUGUGGCAGCGAGGACGCAAGUUUCUCCAAAAGCACCUCAAUGUUUCCAACCCCACGGAGCCGGCCACUAUCAUCUUUACGGCCGCCCGCAAGGGCAAAGAGACGCUCAGGUGCCUGAGCCACCAUGUUGCCGAUGCCUACACCUCUUCCCAGAGAGUCUCGGCCAUCUCCAUUGAUGGGGCUGAAAGAGCCUUGCAGGACAGUGACACCGUCAAGCUGUGGGUUGACCUGGAGCUGAGCUAUGGAUUUGAGAAUGGUCAGAAGGCUGCUGUAGUACACCACUUUGAGUCCCUCCCUGCGGGCGCCACCCUGAUCUUCUACAAGUAUUGUGAUCAUGAAAAUGCUGCCUUCAAAGAUGUGGCCCUCGUCCUGACCGUCCUACUGGACGAGGAAACCUUAGAGGCAAACGUCGGCCCCAGGGAAACCGAAGAAAAAGUGAGGGAUUUACUCUGGGCCAAGUUCACCAACUCUGAUACCCCCAGUUCCUUCAACCACAUGGACUCUGACAAACUGAGCGGCCUGUGGAGCCGUAUUUCCCACCUGGUGCUGCCUGUCCAGCCAGUCCGGAACAUCGAAGAACAAGGGUGCCUUUUAUAACGCUAAGCGCAGAGUGGCUUGUAGAAGGCCUCGGCUUAUGAAGCAUCAGUUUCAAGGUCUCCCAGUCCUGUGGAAUAUGAAUGUGAGCGAGCAACCUGAGACCUAAGGGCAGACUGCAGAAAAGAAGCUUUCAGUUUUCACUGUAAAAUCUUUCUAAGCUAAGCUUGAUGAAACCAACAAGUGACCUGACAGUUUUUCUUUGCCACUUAAGCAAAUCAGUUUUGAAAUACAGUAUGGUAUAUAAAAUAGGAUUUGUUUAAAUCCCCAAAUCUCACAACAGAAUCAUUGCACAGGAGAUGUGCUUAGAGUGAUUUGAGUAUCCUUAAAGAAUUGCUUGGACAUGGACUAAAGUAGUUGCAAAAGUAAUGAUAAUCUUUAGAAAACUUUGCUAUCACAUGCUAAAUAUUUUUAAGACUUACUUUAAUAAUGUUGUGGGAUUACAUUUUAUACAAAUUUGUACUUUUUUUGAGGCAAGCUCAACAGACUGGCCUUUUUUCUUUCUUGUUUUUUUUUUAGUAUGAGAAAGGUGGGGGUGGAGAAUGGC